UUUGAAUAGGGAGAGGCAAUACUUUUGCAUGUGCUCUGAGCCACACCGCCUGUUACCAUGGUAUCAGCACCUAUGUAAAUACAUGCAAUCAACUAUAUAUACUAUGAUAAAAUACAUAGACACUUUUUUACAUCGAUACUGAAAUUGUGAUGUUCGUAAAGACAAAAAUACAAGCAGACGGAAGAUUAGGAUAUCAACAGAUUCACAUUUUCACCAUUCAGAGUCUUUCUCGUGACGUGGAAGAAGGUGUGUAUGCUGUUUUGUAUGUCAGAGAGUGAUAAUUAGGGCUGAAACAGAUGACACAGAAUCAUUUGCUUUGACAGGUGGAUGAAUAUUUGGCAGCACAUUGCAAAAUUCUAUUGUAGAAAACAGAAGACGUUCUGCAUGUAAAAUAUCAACAUUAAGACCCUUAAGCAAGAAAAAUUUCUUCUCAUACAGGGUAAUAUUCGGACAGACCAGUCCAAGGUAUCAACAUGGAUAAGUUUCGUAUGAUGGCCCAGAUUCUCCAGUCCAACCAAGAGUCUUUUAUGAACGGUAUUUGUGGCGUCAUGGCUCUGGCGAGUGCUCAGCUCUACACGUCUUUUGAAUUCAACUGUCCCUGUAUCCCUGAAUACAACUACUCGUAUGGGAUCAGUAUGCUAGUUAUUCCACCUAUAUGGUUCUUCCUUUUGGGUUUUGUACUAAACAACAAUGUCUCGAUGCUGGCGGAGGAGUGGAAACGGCCGGUGGGACAGCGGAGGAAGGACCCGGCGGUCAUGCGGUACAUGUGUGUUUCCAUAUCUCAGCGGUCCCUCAUCGCACCAGCCGUUUGGAUCUCAGUGACUCUAAUGGAUGGUAAAAGCUUCCUGUGUGCCUAUAGUAUGGACCUGGACAUGUCUGAAUUUGACAAGAAUGUAAGUGGACACGGACUAUCUCAGGAGGAACUCUUACGAACACUGGCUAAAAUACCAUGCAACAAUAUAUAUGAUGGUCAGCACAUCCUAUCGAGAGAGGCGGCCACCAGAUACAUAAACUGCAUUUCACAGGCCUUUGGAUGGUUGUUCUUGUUGAUCAUCACAAUCACUGCUUUCCUGAUCAGAGCAAUUCGUCCCUGCUUCACUCAGGCUGCCUUUCUCAAAACCAAAUACUGGUCCCACUAUGUAGACACGGAGCGCAAGAUGUUUGACGAGACUUGCACAGAACAUGCCAAAAGUUUCGCCAAGAUCUGCAUUAAGCAAUACUUUGAGGGUAUUAGCGGUGAGAUUCAACCCUUUCAUGAUCAUUCACAUGAUGAUAGCGAUGAGGACGAUAAGCCUGCUACAGAAGAAGACAAACUGAUGGGCGUUCGGCGUCAGGACACCAUGAAUAAGGUGCUGUGGGACUGGCACACGUGCAAACCUCCUCUAAGUCUGAAAAAAAUUGGGGAUGCUAACACUGGACAGAAUGGCGAUUGUAGCAUGAAUCCUAAUAAAAAUGAAGACCAAAAUAUCUGUGAUAAAACUGACCUUAAUGAGGGACAAAAUGGCUUCAAAUGUGGUUAUGUGAAUCCUGGCCUUGAUAUUGGCCAAAGUGAUUCUGGCAAGGGACAUGAGAAUGCUAGCUUUAGCAUAGAACAAAACGGUUUUACGAAUAGACGUAGCAAUGCUAGUUUAAGCCAAAAUGGAUUUGUGAAUGGUGGUGUCUUUUCUCCAUGCAAUACUCAUAGAAAAGCAUGGGCAGUGUAUUAUAGCAAGGUUUGAGAUUAUUUUAUAUUUAUGACUAGGAAUACUACUAUAUUGGUUAUUGUAUGUUGUCUCAACCAUCGAAAUACUAUAUAAGAUCUUUUCAGUUAUGUAUCACAUUAUAUAAC